AAGAUGGCGACGACAGGGGUUGGCUUUCGGUGGUUAGAUAUAUUGGAAAAAGAAUUCGAUAAAGCAUGUGUUGGAUUAGAUACAUCAUUAGUGGAACUGGAAACAGAAGAGCCGGAGACGGUGUUUUCAGCACGACAGAAGAUAGCAACACUUAGUUCAUGUUUCGCCCAGCUCACACACAAAGCCCUAACAAUAUUCCAACAUAGUGCUAAACUUGAGGCAGAGCUUGUGGAUAUGAGGGCAGAUUUAGUGCAGGCCCGCGCAGGCUCAGCUGGAGGUUGUCAAGAGAGCGGCGACAUGGCGGGCAACGUGCCGGAAGCGGCGCGGGCGCGGGCGGAGGCCGCUCAGCUUGCGCGAGAGAACGCCACCCUUAGAGAGACUGUACUCGCCUUACACUCUGAACUCUUUGGUGCUAGAUUAGCUACGAAAUACUUAGAUAAAGAACUGGCUGGUCGGAUUCAGCAGUUGCAGCUGCUGGGCAGCGAUAUGCGCGCUGAGCUUCGGGACUCACUUUGGGCACAGGUGGAGGCGGAGAUCCUGCUGCAGCGGCACAAGACGCUGGUGCGCGUGUGCCGCGGCACGUCCCCGCGGCCGGCGCGGCCCGCGUCCCCGCAGCGCGCGCGCCCGCGCACCGUGCGCGUGCGCCGCUCGCCGCACCUCGGCCUCGGCAUCUCCGUCACGGGUGGUCGUGAACACGGUGUGCCGAUCCUCAUAUCGGAGCUGGAAGCGGGUGGGCCGGCCGCGCUCACCGGCCAGUUGUAUGUCGGCGACGCUAUACUCGCCAUCAACGACGUUGACCUCACGCAGGCAUGUCACAAAGAGGCUGUCCAAGCGUUGCAGAGUGUGAAAGGCGAUUGCGCACUGUGCGUGCAGUACAUCGCCACUGACGACGACGACAGACUCUCUGAAGACAAUUACAGGUUUCCGCUGUAUCCCGAUGAUGGCGAGGAUUAUUGUGAGGAGAGAGACGGGUCGGGCGUCACCCCCACCGCGCCCAGAACUCCGGAGUAUAACAACCGAUGCGAUUCAGAGGAUCGUUCGUGCAGCGAGAGCGAGUCCCGCUACGACGUGUUCCACAAGCGCGCAUCCCCCCGCCCCGCCCUCCCCCCCGCCAACUACACCUACCCCCCACACCCCACACACCCCCAACACCUCCCACACCCUCCACACCCCGCACCAUACCCGGACUACAAUAAUAUCAACAACAAUUUGAAUAUAUUGGACAUGGAUGACGAUUCGAUCAAGAUUGAAGCCAGAUUGGAGAUGGUGAAGCUAGACGAAGCGGAGGUGGAUAAUGCCGGCGGGUACCCGUCCCCCGCACGUGCCCCCGUGGCACCAACACUAAGUGUUCCUGCGCCAAGUGCGGGUACACUUCCAAGUGUCCCCAUUCCAACCGUCCCCGUACCGAUAGUCCCCGCUCCCGUGGUCCCCGCGUCGCCGCGGCAGAACUCGUCGCCUCGUUCAACGCCCGUGCAUCUGGCAAGAACUACGCUGAAAAAGAAGCGGAAAGCGCAAGACUGGCGCACGCGCGGCGCGUACAGUGCGGUCUCGAUCGACGGCGUGUCGUCGGACGAGCCGGCGGGC